AUGCCGUCCGCGGCUUCAACGACAUCGCAGCAGCACUCUCUAGAUGCUGUGCCCGAUCCCGACCGCCUCGCUCCUGCCGAUGCCUACUAUCGAGCCCGCAACCUAUCCCCCGAUGCUGCACUGAGCGCCCGAAAGCGUCGCGAACGGACGCGAAGUGCCACGCGGCGACAGAAGGGACAUUAUAAGAAGCUUCUAUGGUUCAAGCAGCCAUUUCCAGAUAACUAUACCGAUGAGGAGACGUUCUUGGAUCACCUCCAGCGGAACCCGCGACUGCAGCCGUACCAGUUCUGGUCGUUGAUGGCCGAUGCGACCGUCAUUGUGCAACACAUUGCUUCGGUCGCUAUCUUCUGCUGCUGUUUUGUAGCGAUCGCGCAAGAGCGGGUAUCACCUGUUUCUGUUGUGAGCUGGGCGACGUUCUGUACCGUGCUGGGAUGGGCCAUGUGGGAUUAUUGGGUUGGACAGGAAGAAGCACGCGCUGCCGAGGUGGCUUCAAGGGAGACUAAUAUCGUCGACGAGAGCUCCGAUCCAAGCUCAUCUCACUCUUCGGAGGAAGCCAGUGGUCUCGGACUGGUACUCCCAGAUACGAGCGGGAAGUCUUCGGGCCAUUCUCACCAUCCCAGUAUAUCUUCCGUUGCUUCCAACGUGUCUGGUACUUCUCACGAGCCGGCUCCAACACCAACUGAUCCAGAUAGUAUUGACUACCAACCUCCCUAUGUAGAUCCUACGUCGUCUCUGUCACCUCGAAAUCAGCAGCGUGUGGCGACUGCAAAGUCCGCGCUACUCAUUUAUGCAGCGGUGCUUGGCCUGAGCCCAAUCCUGAAGUCUCUCACAAGGUCAACCACAAGCGACUCCAUCUGGGCACUUAGCACAUGGCUGCUGUGCAUGAAUGUUGCGUUCUUUGACUAUGGCGAAGGGACAGGUGCACACCUUCCCGCAUCCAUUUCCACAAACUCGGCCCUGAUGGCAUCAACCGUUCUCGCCUCUCGCCUGCCAUCCACAACGCACGUAUUCUCUCUCACCCUGUUCUCCAUCGAAGUGUUUGGUCUCUUUCCCAUAUUCCGCCGUCGACUCCGAAGUGUGUCCUGGCAUGGCCAUCUCGUUCUCACCGUCGUGCUCGUCCUCGUUGCAUGUGGAGGCCUUUCCGUCAUUUUGACAGGCGGCGGUCGCGGAGCCUGCAUCGCCGGCGUCAUCCUUGGUGGGACUCUAACAUAUUUCACUAUGGGGCUGUGCAGUUGGUGGCUUAUAGGGCUGCAGAAAUACAAGAAUGAAAUUCAUGGGCCCUGGGAUCCGGCGAGACCUAUUAUACGGCGUCGUUGGGAUUAA